GUCAGCUCUCGCCGGCCACUGACGUUGUCCGAGUCGUUCAGCUACGUUCUCUUGACAUUCUGGACGAUCGGAGCGUCAGGAUUCUCCCCGGACGUUUGGUUGGGUCGCCUGCUGAUGAUUGCUGUCAUCUGCUUGUCUUGGUUGACACUGCCCGAGCAGGUAAGGUGCUUUUCGUUCACCCAGCGACUAAAUGUGCUAUGAAUGAGAAUCAAUGGGCCAGGAAAUAGUAAUCUGGAAUCAGAUUUUGCCUAAAUAUGGGUCUAUCGAAAUAAAAGUGAUAGGGGUCGACUUCAUCUCACAAGGGGUCACUUUCAUCUAACGGGGAUUGCUUUCACGUGAUAGGAUCGCCUUCACUUGAGAGUGAGGGGUACAUUUAAAUGAUAUGUGUGUGGGGAGGGGGGCGUACAGUGUUCAAACUACUGCCUUUGAGAGUAUUAUAUGACAGUCCGUAUUAUGAUUCGUGCUAUCACAUGGCAGGGAGCGCCAUCCUAUUAAAAGGCUCACCAUUACAUGAACUGACUGAUUCAUCAUAUAAAGACCACCUGUAGUUGAUAAGGGCGACAAACCACCUCCGACGACAGCCGCGUGUUUUCUUCCUAUUCUUUCUAAGGCAGGGGGGUCUCAAGCUCAAAAUCAUCUGGUGGCCGCAGGAGGCAGAGUCUGAGUGAGACUGGGCCGCAUGAAGUAUUCCACAAAAAAGCGAUUACAACUUCAUAAAGUAAAACUCGUACAAUCUGCUCAACCUUGAGUAAUAAAAAAUUAAAAACAUUAAGGGUUCUCAAGAACUAGGCUUCACUUUCUUCCUCCUACUUCUUGUUGCCAGAGACCUGACAGCGCAAGUGACAAAGCUGACAGGCUCGGAAUUUCCCUCACUCGUAAACAUUAGAGGCAAUUUUAAUAGGGAUUCUUCGAUACUGUGUCAGAUCGCUACGAUUUACACAAUUAUGGUUGUGCAUUACCCGCUAACUGACUUCUAAAAUUUUUGAAAAAUGUAUAUAUCAUAUUCGAAGCGUGUUUUCUCAAAACCGCACUUUGGCCAUGUUUGUCGCAUAAAAUGCUACCUUUAUAAUCAGCGGGUGGAUGGGACUCGUUAGCCUUAGAUGGCAACUCAUCUAAGAGAAGGAAACUCUGAAUUCAAACCCGGGGAUGGAGUCCCGUAGGCGGAUAACAUUGGUACAAUCAAAUGGUGCCAAGCUGUAUCAUCAACAUGAUGUUCCCUUGGGUUAUCCAGCGGCGUGGAGUGAGGCCAUUUGCUGUUGGGAUCCAGCUAAUCCUAGAAUAAUCCCAGGCCUUAUAGAUUUCGUCCUGCGAAGUCUUCACCAUCGUCACCUUGUGACGGACGGAUGCCAGCAAAAAAGGAAAAUCAACGUCCAAAUCUAUACAAACGAAAAUAAAAAUCAGAAUUAGACUAGUUGGUGAGGUUUGACUGAAACCGUCGCUGAGGGUUGCAUUAUAGAUAUGAGAAUGGGGAAAACGCGAGGGCCGAUUUAACACUAAACUUUGCUGUUAUGUCCCAGGCCAGUAAAUAUCGCAUUGCGGGCCGCGAAUGGCCCGCGGGCCAUAAGUUUGAGACCCCUGUUCUAAGGGCACGUGCCCAGCCUCGCUCCACCUUUGAUACGCCUCUGGUUGCAAUUAAUAACCUAACCUAUUAGAUUUAAUUAUUGAAACCAAACAAUUUUUUUUUAAAUUCUUGAAACCAAGGUGGCUGAGAUUGUGUCUACAUAUUUGAAGUACCGGAAGUUUGGUCGUGAUGUCAUUGCAUCUGACGUCACAAAACAAGUGACUCUAUGCGGAAGUCUCUCCGCUGACGCCGUCUUGGAAUUCCUCGAGGAAUUUUUCUCUAGUCCCCCAAACGAGGUGAGCUUGUAAAUAGGUCAAGGCCAUUCGGUCCUUUGUUUAUUUCUCAUUGCUGACUUCGUAUCUCCGCAUGAAACUAAAACUAAUUAUCCUAACAUGUUAUAACUCUACCACCAAAUUCUACCCAAAACAUCAGGAUUACAAAGUGGUCAUCUUGAGUCCGCUAGCAGAGGACAGCAACUUUCGACUGGUGCUGGCGCAGCCACAGUGGGCGCAGAAAGUAGCUUACGUACAGGGCUCGUGUCUCAAAGAAGAUGACCUUCACCGUGGUGGUAUCAGCCAAUCAGAAGCUUGUUUCUUGAUGA